AAAAAAAUGAGUAUGGCUAUAUACGUGCCAAAUAAUUAUUGCUACAGUAUUUGAAGCAGAGGGCGAAGGAAGCCAGCGAGCUGAGGUGCGUGGCCUUUGACUCAUCUCCUUCCCCCUCCUUUUCCAGUCUUCUCCGAUCCAUUCCGCGGCCCAGCACAGAAGCCAAGCUAUAAGGGUGGUAGAGGCAAAGCCACGACCAAGCCCUCCGCGCGAGCGAGCGAGAGAGAGAUAGAGAGAGAGGACUCUGCCAUGGCGUCCACUGCCGCCGGUGGCAAGCUAGAGCGGUCCGCCUCCGCCAUCAUUGCAGACGCCACCAGCGGACACCACAUUCUAAAGAUCGACGGCUACUCCCGCACAAAGGGGACCCCUACUGGAGAGUUUAUCAAGUCCCACCCUUUCACUAUGGGCGAUCAUUGCUGGUGCAUCCAAUAUUAUCCCAGUGGCAAGGACUCGGAGUCCGCAGAUUAUAUAUCACUUUUUGUUUUUCUUAAUGAAAGUGUCACCAAGGCGGUGAAGGCGCAAUUCAAGCUCCGCUUCGUCGACGAGGCGGAGGAGCAAACUCUGUCGUUGACAUCAGAAGAGAUACGCAACUUCGAGAGCUACAGAGGUUGGGGGCAACCAAGGUUCAUCGAAAGGGAAGCUUUGGAGAGGUCCAAGCAUCUCAAGGAUGAUUCUUUCAUGGUCCGCUGCGACGUCAUCAUCAUAAACGAGAUCCGCACAGAGGAGAUAUCGAUGGCUGAGGCCGCCACCAUCCCGGCCUUCGUCUCCGUGCCCCCGUCCGACUUGCACCAACACCUCGGCGACCUCCUCCAGACCGAGAAGGGCGCUGAUGUGGUGUUCGAGGUCGGAGGCGAGACAUUCGCGGCCCACCGGUGCGUGCUCGGGGCCCGGUCGCCAGUCUUCAGCGCGGAACUCUAUGGUGCAAUGAAGGAGAGUCACGCUGCAGGUGCCGUCCGCAUAGACGACAUGGAGGCGCAUGUCUUCAAGGCGCUGCUCUGCUUCAUCUACACCGACUCAUUGCCAGAGAUGAACAAAGCGGACGAAGCUGCCAUGUCCCAGCAUCUGCUUGUUGCUGCCGACAGGUACAACUUGGAGAGGCUAAAGCUGAUUUGCGAACACAAACUAUGCAAGUGCAUAGAAGCGAGCACUCUGUCAACUAUCUUGGCGUUAGCUGAGCAGCAUCACUGCCACGGGCUGAAGAAGGCAUGCUUCAACUUUCUCAGCUCUCCAGAAAACCUGACGGCUGUCCUUGCAAGCGACGGCAUUGAGUACCUGAAUAGAAGCUGCCCUUCUGUUAUAAAGGAGUUGAUCGCCAAGCUUGGCUAUUGCCAGACGGGCAACAAUAUGUGCCGGUGUAGAUUAUUGUCAGACUUCGGCGAGGCUUCAGCGUGGGUGUUGGGCUGGCUAGGCCUGAUGUAUAGUAUAUUUUAAUACUCCAUUGUGGGAAGAUGGCCGGACCUCAAUCAGUUUGGUGCCGCCGCGGUCAGAUGUUUCGGGAUCGAGAUCUCGAUGACGUGGUCAGAGCUCGCUGUGGACACAGAUUGCUGCAACACUUUUUUAUGUUGCUCAUGUUAUUUUUGGAUGUUGCGGUGAUACUUUUUUCAUAUUUUUUUUUGAUAUUGUAGGAAUUCUUUUUCCAUGUUGGUAAUAUUAUUUUUUGAUGUUGCACCAAUACUUUUUACAUGUUGCAAUUUUUUGAUGUUGCAACAAUACUUUUUUCAACUAAAAAUGAUGUAGUUCAAUAAAAUUUGUUGCAAAUGUGGUUCUCCAUUGUUGCAUACAUAGUGGAAAAUGUUGCAAUGCCUUGAGCCCAUUAUAUUAGGU